AUGUGUUUUUACAACAACUACUGUGGUGGCCUGGGUUAUUGCUAUGGAGGCCUGGGCUGUAUUUAUGGUGGUCAUGGAUAUGCCUGUUACCACCCAUGCUGCUAUGGAAGAUACUGGUCUUCUGUCUUCUUCUGA